GAUGACGGCGAUGGUGGGUGGUUGGCGGGGUACCAAUUUUGCCCCACCAUACCAAAAAUUGGCCGCCCUUGAGCAGAGCUUCGACUCAUACCCACGCGCCCCGUCCGCAUUGAUCGUAACCUCUUCUUUUCUAGGACAGAGGCUUGACUUUUCCCAAUUCAAGAUCCACCAUCGUUCAGAAAUGGCCGAUUCAGCGCCAGCAGCUUCAAGCGCAGGUGAUGCUCCCCAGCAACCAGAGCAGCCUUCCAAGAACGCCUUGAAGAAGGCUCAGAAGGAAAAGGAAAAGGCUGAGAAGAAGGCAGCAGCCAAAGCGCGUGAGCUCGCUGAACGUCAAAAGAAGGAAGCCGCCGACGCAGAGGACGUUUCCAAAGACGCCUAUGGCGAGCUUCCCCUCAUCGGUUCGAAGGACUUCAAGCCCACAGAUACACCUCGCACCGACCUAUCUACCGUUGCCGAUCAUGAAGACAAGGAAAUCACAUUCCGCUGCUGGGUCGAAAAUGCCCGUUCCCAGUCUGCGAAGCUCGCCUUCGUGAACUUGCGACAAGGCUUGAACACGGUGCAGGCAGUCAUUGCGGCUAGCGACAAGCUAAGCAAGCAGAUGGUCAAGUUCUGUGGUACCGUAAGCACCGAGAGUACGCUUGUGGUCACAGGCUUGGUGAAGAGAGUCAAGGAGCCAAUCAAGAGCGCGACCAUUAAGGACUUUGAGAUACAUAUUCUGAAGCUUUUUGUGGAAGCCAAGGCCGAGAUCCCACUUCCCCUUCAGGUUGACGAUGCCGAGCGCCCAUUGCCUGAUACUGGGUUGGGAGAUGAGGACGAAAAGCCAGCUGAGGGAGAUGCACGACCACUCGUAGGACUUAAUACGAGGUUGAACAACCGGACCAUUGAUCUGCGCGCAAAGGUCAACCAUGCUAUCUUUGUUGUCAAGAGUGGUGUCUGCGGUCUUUUCCAGGAAUUCCUCUCCAAGCAAGGAUUUACGCUGGUUCAGACCCCCAAGAUUCUCGGUGCAGCUUCCGAAGGCGGUGCCAACGUCUUUGAGCUCAAGUACUUUGAUCGCUUGGCGUAUCUAGCCCAGUCCCCUCAAUUCUACAAGCAAAUGCUUAUUGCGUCGCGCUUCCAAAAAGUCAUGGAGAUCGGGCCAGUAUUCCGUGCUGAGAACUCAAACACUGCACGCCACUUGACCGAAUUCACUGGUCUUGAUUUGGAGAUGGAGUUCCAAGAGCACUAUCACGAGGUCAUGCGCGUCCUUGAAGACCUCAUGCUUUUCAUCUUCAAAGAGCUCAAUGCCCGAUACAAGAAAGAAACCGAUCUCGUGCGGAGCGCGUAUCAUGUCGAAGAUUUCAAGCUCCCCGAAUCUGGCAAAGUUCCUCGCAUUCCCUUCAAAGAAGGUAUCAAGAUGUUGCGUGAUGCAGGCGAAGAGGUUGGCGACUACGAUGAUCUCAGCACCCCACAAGAAAAGCAUCUCGGCCGUCUCGUACUGGAGAAAUAUGGAUCUGACUUCUACACGCUUGACCAAUUCCCCAUUGCCAUCCGUCCGGCAUACACCAUGCCCUCGCCUGCCGAUCCUCUACUUUCCAACUCGUACGACAUGUUCAUGCGCGGUCAGGAAAUCUGCUCCGGCGCUCAACGUAUACACUCCGCGGAACUCUUGGCUUCUCAAAUGCGCAAGCACGAUCCUCCAAUCGAUCCCAACGGCGCCGGCACAAAAGACUAUGUAGACAGUUUCCGCUACGGAUGCCCGCCUCACGGCGGUGGUGGGUUCGGACUCGAGAGAAUUGUGCAAUUCUGGCUUGGUCUACCCAACAUCAGGAUGACUAGCUUGUUCCCCAGGGACCCCCAGAGAGUGACACCGUAA